GAGGAAAAAGUAGACUCUCUUCUGUUUAUGAAUAACUACUUGAGUUCUCCAACUCAGCAACAGGGACACCAACUAUUAGUUAUUAUCAUGUAGCAACAGAAAAUGUCCACUUAACUAUAUCUUUUUGUAUUCAAUCAGCUGUUUCCGGAAAAAUCAAUGUAGUUGUAAUCAGAUUCCAUGUCUUCGGCCUAGAAUGUUUACCUGAAGCAAGUAGCCAUGUGCCCUCUUUCCAUUUGAUCAAUUAUUUAAUAAAAGUUCAUGAGAAAUUAACAUAGAAAAAGGCUUAUUUCAGAAGCAAAAGAGUAGCAGUGGGCAGAGUUUUUCAACUUUUCAAGAGGUUGAAGAAGACAAGAUAUGGGUUCUGGAAUUAGUCCUCUAAUCUUCCUUCUGUAUUCAGUUUUGGGGCUUAAGUGUCUCCUAACAACUGAAGGGCAUCAAAAGAAUUUUGAGGAAUUUGUACCUGGCAUGAAACAUGAUGGUGACUGGAACAACCAUCUUCGACUACGACCCAGUGAUGAUGGAAAUUCUGGCAACACAUUGCAUGAUCAUUCAUCGUUAUCCCACAUGGACCCUGAACUCAAUGUGUUCUUCCAUCACAAUGACCUCAAAGUUGGGAACAAGAUGCCGAUUUACUUCCCCACAAAAGACCCUUCAGCCACUCCCCAUCUACUGUCAAGACAGGAAUCAGAUGUCAUUCCUUUCUCUUCAUCCCAACUCCCUUACAUACUUGAACUUUUCUCCUUCCCUGAGGGCUCCAAACAGGCCAAAGCCAUGAAAACCACACUUGAACACUGCGAAUUCCCACCGAUCAAAGGCGAAACCAAGUUCUGCGCCACGUCUCUGGAAUCCAUGCUCGAUUCUGUUCGUCAGAUCUUUGGUUUGAAUUCCAAAGUCAGAGUUCUGACCACGAAUUACCUUUCUGAUACAAUAUCCCUUCUGCAGAACUACACAAUAUCUGAACCUCCAACUGAAAUUUUUGCUAAGAAGAUAGUGGCUUGCCACACACUGCCUUAUCCUUAUGCGGUUUUUUACUGUCAUGGCCAAGUUAGUGACAAUAAGCUUUACAAGGUUUUGCUGGCUGGAGAGGAUGGUGGCAGAGUGGAAGCUGCCGCCAUUUGCCACAUGGACACCUCACAUUGGGAUCCUAAUCAUGUUUCAUUUCACGUUCUGAAGACGGUACCUGGUGCUUCUCCUGUUUGCCAUUUCUUCCCAACAGAUAACCUUGUUUGGAUCCUAUCCUGAACGCAGUUCAGAUAGUGAAGUUCCUAGGUGGUUGUUAGCUUUACAAGAAUAGUUGAAACAUGAUGUGUGUGACUAUGUACCAAUGAAUUGCUAGUGAUGCAUUAAUGUUGUAAUCUUGAACAUGGGUGGGUGGAUUUGUAAUAACAGUAGAUACUAUGCUGGGAACUUCUAAUGUUCAAUUGUUUUCUCU